AUGUCGUGCCGCGCCCACGCCCGCUUUCCACCCAAGCGGUAUCUAGGCAAUGCGCCCGAAGGUGAUUCGACGGUUGAUCGCAGCUGUGUAUCCGCUAGAACGUUCAAUCUCUACGGCGCGGUCGACAUACCGCUCCCUUCCGAGGCGAAUCAUCAAACUACGUACGAUACCCAUGCGCAUGGGUCAAACAUUGACCUGAUCAGAUCUAAGGUCUUGGAAAGAGAUCUCACUUUGGAAAGAAACGAAGUGCUACCCGGUAAAUUCUGCAUCUCGGACGACGAUACUAUCGUGCUGUUCGGUAGUAGCUGUACGAAGACUGAUCACGACGAGCUCGGCUCUCCCUCGAGCUUUAUGACACGAAUCGUCCCAUCGUCCUCCUUCGAUUCACUAGUCAUGCUCAGACAGAUAUUACGACCACUUGCCACCCGGUCCGGAAUCGUGCUGCAACUUCAGGGUCGUGCAAAUUUGGGUACCGAAAGUCUCGCCAAUGAUCUUGCAGAGGCAUCUCGAUCAAAGCUUUCGAGAAAGACGAUGAAGAACCCAAGAUUGUGUGCCGAUAUCAGAAAGUCUUUGAAAGCAUCGAACCGUACGAGCGAUUGGUCCAUCGCCGGCACUGACGCCCUGGAGAGAUUGUAUGCCGGAGAUCCCGCAAAUACUGAGAUGGUCUUCCACGACACAACGUUGCUGGACCGAAGGUUGUAG